AUGCCGCUGUACGAGGGCCUGGGCAGCGGCGGGGAGAAGACGGCGGUCGUGAUAGAUCUGGGCGAAGCCUUUACCAAAUGUGGUUUUGCUGGAGAAACCAGUCCAAGAUGCAUAAUUCCUAGUGUGAUUAAAAAAGCUGGCAUGCCUAAGCCUAUCAAAGUUGUUCAAUAUAAUAUCAAUACAGAAGAAUUAUAUUCCUACCUAAAGGAAUUUAUCCACAUACUGUAUUUCAGGCAUCUGUUGGUGAAUCCCAGAGAUCGACGAGUCGUGGUUAUUGAAUCAGUUCUAUGUCCUUCCCACUUCAGAGAGACACUCACUCGCGUUCUCUUCAAGUAUUUUGAGGUCCCGUCUGUCUUGCUUGCUCCAAGCCAUCUAAUGGCUCUUCUGACACUUGGGAUAAACUCUGCUAUGGUCCUGGAUUGUGGCUAUCGGGAAAGCCUGGUGUUACCUAUAUAUGAAGGAAUUCCAGUACUAAAUUGCUGGGGAGCACUCCCCCUAGGAGGAAAAGCUCUGCACAGGGAGUUGGAAACUCAACUAUUGGAGCAAUGUACUGUUGACACAAGUGCUGCUAAAGAACAGAGCCUUCCCUCUGUGAUGGGUGCAAUUCCAGAAGGUGUCUUAGAGGACAUUAAAGUGCGCACUUGCUUUGUCAGUGAUCUGAAUCGUGGACUAAAAAUCCAAGCAGCAAAAUUUAAUAUCGAUGGAAAUACUGAGCGUCCCUCACCACCCCCAAAUGUUGACUAUCCAUUAGAUGGAGAGAAGAUUUUACAUGUCCUUGGAUCAAUCAGAGAUUCGGUUGUGGAAAUUCUUUUUGAACAAGAUAAUGAAGAGAAGUCUGUAGCUACGUUAAUAUUGGAUUCCCUUAUGCAGUGCCCAAUAGACACCAGGAAGCAAUUAGCAGAGAACUUGGUAAUCAUAGGUGGCACAUCUCUGUUGCCAGGAUUUCUCCAUAGAUUGCUUGCAGAAAUAAGAUAUUUGGUAGAAAAACCAAAGUAUAAGAAAACACUUGGCACCAAGACAUUCCGUAUUCAUACUCCACCUGCAAAAGCUAAUUGUGUGGCCUGGUUGGGAGGAGCUAUUUUUGGAGCACUGCAAGACAUACUGGGGAGCCGUUCUGUCUCAAAGGAAUAUUACAAUCAGACAGGCCGUAUUCCUGAUUGGUGUUCUCUUAAUAACCCACCGUUGGAAAUGAUGUUUGAUGUCGGGAAAACUCAACCACCUCUGAUGAAAAGAGCAUAUUCCACUGAGAAAUAA